AUGUGUGUCUUCGUCUACACCAUCACCCGCUGCCAGCACAAGCAGUUCCAGAACGUGAGCGAGUGCGCCACAGUCCGCGGGACCCCGGACGUGGUCGACCGCGGGGACCUGACCCUCGACAAGCCCGUCUUUCUCUAUGACACCAGCAGGAGCAAGACCAAGACGCCGGAGUACUACAGCAAUAAUUUUCCCUGCAGGAAACUCAAGGCCAUCCGGCCCGUGCCGACGUUGUGCAACCGCUGCGCCAGGCAGGCCGAGCUGGCUGCGCGGCUGGGGCCGGUCGGGGUCGCGCCGAGCAGCAGCGGCAGCGGCAGCUCGGCCGGGUCAUCGCUGGGCUUGGUCCACGGGGGUGGCUCGAUUUCUGAUUUCACGAACGAAUCAGGCACAUCUACACCGAGGUCCUUCUGGAAGCUGGCGCAUCCGGUCGAUCUGGUAUGA